AUGAUUCGAUCUUCACUGCUCCUGGGCUCUUCUUAUGCAGCUCCAGCAGCUGGAUUAAGUCCAUCCCAAGCUUCUAUAUUGAGUCAGCAAGCAUAUAAUCUAUGCCUCUACAAGUCUUCUCUUACAUUUGAGCACGAACCUUGUACCUCAUUUGGCGUCUCCGGUCUUCCCCCCAUUACCACGCUCAUAACAAAUCAAGAGUCCACAGCGACGUUCAUUGCAUCUUUCCUCACCGAAUAUGCAGCUCUCACUAGUCCUAUUAUUAUUGAUACCAUGAUCGAUGGUACUAGUACGCAAGCAUCUAUGGGUGGACUAGGUCAAGUUGCCAAAGCAACCAAGAAAACUACUGCGGUCCAACAGCCUACAACAAAGAUUGCAACACCAACCACAACCACCCAAGCGCCUCCCCUGACAAGUACUUCAAGACAUUCAUCUGCGAUUGUGUUACCGCAAAGUAGUACCGCUACUACUUCUGCUAUUAUCCAAAGCUCAACAUCAAAGGCAUCUCUAAGUAGCUCACAAUCUAUCUCGAGCACACCUAUCACGGUCUCGUCAGUCUCGUCGGUAUCAUCAAAUUCCGUUACUAAACCAGUCGCAACGCAAUCUCCCUCCCUGAUCACUUCGUCAACUAUAAGUUCCUCAAGCUCUCCAACAAGCCCUAUCACUGGAACGAUCACUGGAAGUAGUGGGAUUAUUUCGAGUUCAGUCUCGUCUACUCAAUCAGGAUCAUCUACAACAACAUGUAUUGCAUCCAAAUACGUCUCAGCUGGUUUCACAUACACUGCCAAAUGUACCAGCGCCCCAGUCUCCUCGAGUUCAACUUGCACACCAUCCACGUAUAUCACCAGUAGAACCAAAAUGACAGCGUCUUGCAAACCUACCAGUUCCGUGUGUAGCGCAUCGACAUAUGUGACUAGUGGAUCGACUAUCACGGGUGGAUGUAGCACCACGUCAGCGUGUGUCGCAUCCACUAAGAUAGUCAGUGGUAAAACGACAGUUACUUCUUGUACUCAAGCUUCUGUAAGAAUUGCUUCAUGGACUACAAAUAAAGUCGAGCAGAAUGGUGUGACAGCUACAGCGUUCAAUUCUGUUGAAGCUAGUAGUGUUGCUUCGGGAAUUGAUGCUCUUCUUUCGCAGGGAAUGGGAUGGGAGGCAAUUCGACGGAAACCAGCGGAAUUGCAUCGACCUCGGGAAGUGUUCCCAAAACAGCACCCUUUAGACUGA